AUGGUGAGGCCGGAUCUGGCGGACAACCAGUACGGUUUCCGUCAGGGGCGCUCCACCGUGGAUGCGAUCAUGCGCGUGAAGGCUCUGGCGGAGGAAGCAGUUUCCCGGAGCGAAGUGGUGUCGGCGGUGUCCUUGGACAUCGCCAACGCGUUCAACACUCUGCCCUGGAGCUGCAUCAGGGAGGCGCUCGUGUAUCACGAAGUGCCUCUCUACCUCCGCCGCAUAGUCGGGGCAUAUUUGUCGGAGAGAGCCGUCGUCUACCCCAGUAGGACCGGUCUCGGUAGGCGUGAAAUGUCGUGCGGUGUUCCACAGGGGUAUCCGGGGCUCGUACUCGAUGGCCGAUGGGACUUCGGAUAUCGUUGCCGAGGUCUGGUCCCCAAGUUGGUUGGGGCAGCGCGUGCGUUGGCGCGGCUGCUGCCCAACAUGAAGGGACCCGAAGACUCCUGCAGGAGACUCUACUCGGGGGUUGUGCGGUCCAUGGCCCUUUACGGGUACCCAGUAUGGGCGGGGGCCCUGAAGGCCAGCAAUGUCGCGAUACUGCGACGACGGCAGCGAGUGCUGGCCAUCAGAAUCAUAAGGGGGUACCGCACGAUCUCCUUUGAGGCGGCGAGUCUCCUGGCCGGAACUCCACCGUGGGACCUGGAGGCGAGAGCCCUUGCGGCUCUGUAUCAGUGGCGCAAGGAGGCGCGGGAGUUAGGUCGGUGUCCCGAGAUUCGAGAAAUCGAUGACCGGAAAUCCCAACACCGCCAGGUCAUCAUAGGGGAGCGGAGGGAACGACUCGGGCAACCGAGCGCCGGGCACGCCGUCAUCGCGGCGGUAAGACCCGUUAUGGAGGAUUGGCCCGAGAGGCGUCACGGGACCCUCUCAUACCGACUGACGCAGGUGAUCACUGGGAAAGGAUAUUACGGGGAUCACCUGUGUCUGAUCCGCAAGGAGCCAACGCCUGAGUGGCACCACUGCGAUGGCCAGACCGUGGACAAGGCUCUCCACACGCUGGCAGAGUGCCCGGCCAGGUACCGCAGGCGACUCAGGCGCCGGAGGUCGUUCUACGACCUCCGUCCUCCAUAA